AAAGUCUGAAUUUCUAUAUUCUGCUUUGCCUCUGUAAGACUGUACGCCAUCUCGUUCUGACUGGGAACCAGACUUCUCUAUCUUCUCCGUCAUGUCUGUAAGCAGUCUGGACAAAGGAAAGGGGCGGGAGCUUCCCACAAGUUAUCAAACUAGUUCUCGAUCUGGGACGUCCUCAGCUAGCGGCUCAGACUCAGAAUCAGACUCAGAUCGUUCUUCCGAUGAGAGCUCUUCAGACGAAGAAAUUACGCAAGAAUACCUAGAUUCACUCUUAGAGAAAGCAAGACAAAAUGCUGCUAGAUCGUUGCAUUCGAAAAGCGGCUCUCAAGACGACUUUGCAGAUGGAGAUGAGGUAAUUCGGUUAAACACUGAUGAAGAUGAGGAGGAGCAAAAACCAUUACCACCAUUGGACCCGGGGUCUCUGCCGAUGACAUACAUUGAUGUCGGAGAUUCAUCCCAAGCCGGCCCCUCCAAAGUUCGGGACUUGGAUGUCGAACAAGCGGAGAAGAGUACUUCCAAACUGAAAGCACCAGAUGUUUCGCGUCCUGUUCCCGAACUCUCAGAGUCGGGAAAGCUUCUGACAAAAAAGGAGAAGAAAGCUCAAAAGAACAAAACUGCAGGACCGGGAUGGUUCGAUCUUCCUGCGCCGGCAGAGGCAGACCUUCCAAAACUAUACCGCGAAGUGGAAGCCCUUCGACUGCGUAAUCAACUCGAUCCGAAGAGGUUUUACCGAAAGGAGGAAGGAGAGGGAAAGGGUGUCAAGGGACUUCCAAAGCACUUCGCAGUACGUCUUCACACAUUCCUCUUUACAAAUAAUUCUUCUCACACGGCAAACUGCAGAUUGGUACUAUUAUUCCGGAAUCCACGCCAUUUGGUACAGCAAGUGGGGAUAACCUCAGUCGCAGUCAUAGGAAACGAACGUUGGUGGAUGAGCUUGUGGACGAUGCCGAGGCAAAGAGCUACGCAAAGAAGAAGUUCAAAGAGUUGCAGACGGUUAGGGGCGCCAGGGGUAGAGGGACGUUGGCAGCAAAGAGGAGGAAGCCGAAAUGGUAGUGGCAUGUCGUCGCUGUAUGUCAUCUUGCUAUCGUCGUUAUGCGCUCAUGAUGUAUUUAUACAUGCUCAGCGCAUGUCUUGGUCGUCGGCCGGAGACGUCUGAUAUAUCUUGAUCACUGGACCAGUGCUGAU